UCAUUUAAAUUUUAGGGUACAAUUUCGUAAUAAUUUUGUAAUUUCAUUUCUCUUAUUCCUGUAAUUUCGUCGUAGGCAAAAGAUCGUUUUUUUUUUAAAAAAAAAUUCCGUCAACCAUCAAGGUUGCUCUUUUCCUAAACCCUACUUCAGUUCAGUCACCCCCAUAUUACCAUUGGUACCCACUGCCUUCCCCGCGCUGUUCGUUCCUGCCGCCGCCUCACCGGUCACUGCCGCAGCACUCUCCGCCUUCCAACGAAAUUGUUGUGACCUCUCCUUUUCUAAUUCUCUCGCCCCUCCGACCAAUCUAAGUUAAUUAUCUUUGGUUUUUUCUUCUCAGAAACACAGUGGUUCAGCCCCUAACCACUUCCGUUUGUGAGAUCGCUCUGCAUCAGCUCAUUUUUCAGGGGUUCCAAACAAGGCAAGGGACCAAAGAUGAGCUUAAAGCAUUUACUCCUGCGUCAAACACGGAAGAAUUUUUCAAAAAUCAAUGGCAACUUACUGGAUCGGCAAUCACCUAACAUAAAUGCCACUCACAUAUUCAUCACAAAACCCUCGUUUUCUUUGCUUGAUUCACACCGUGGUUAUUAUUCAUCACUUGCUGCUAGAAAUUUUGAGCUCAGCAAAUUGAAUUCACUUUUCAGUAGGUGCAUUCACUUCACUGUAACCAAGUUGAGUAAUGCAGCAAUUGAGCCAAAACCUGAAUCUGCAGAAGUUGAGGAUGAUGAUGGAUCAAUGAACGAGUUCUUAUCCAGAUUUGUUUGGAUAAUGCGCGAGAAGAUUUCUGAAGAAUUUCCGGAUUACGAUAAGCAAACAGUUAAUGCAAUGCUUUUGAUGAUAGUGGAAAAAGUAGUAUCUGAAAUGGAAAAGGGUAGGUUUGAGCAGACGCUAAAGGCUUCAACUGAUAAUCCAGAUUGGGACCUAAGUGAGGAUUUGUGGAAGACGGUAACUGAAGUUAGCAACAUGGUUUUGGAUGAUAUGAAGAAGGCUACAAAGAAGGAGAAAAUGAAGGGUUUUCUCCUGUCCAGGGAAGUUCAGGAAAUGUGUAGGUUUGCUGGGGAAGUUGGUAUUCGAGGGGAUAUGCUGAGGGAAUUUAGGUUCAAAUGGGCCCGUGAGAAAAUGGAGGAAAGUGAGUUUUACGAGAGUCUGGAGCAGCUCAGAAAAGAGGCACGUACCCAGGAAGAAAACAAGGAUUCUGCAAGUGGUGCAGAGGCUGCAUCUGAGGUGAAAUCCGAGGCUGUUUCUCUUCCCAAAAGGCGAGGGAAGUUAAAGUACAAGAUUUAUGGUCUUGAUUUAUCUGAUCCUAAGUGGAGUGAAUUAGCAGACAAAUUACAUGUGGCAGAGAAGCUGAUAUUGCCGCAGGAACCAAAGCCAAUUUCUGGGAUGUGCAAACUGGUCACAGAGAAAAUUCUUUUGUUAAAUGAGAACGACGACCCAUCUCCAUUAUUGGCUGAAUGGAAAGAGCUUCUUCAACCCACUAGGAUUGACUGGAUUACCUUACUUGAUAGGUUGAAUGAGAAGAAUAGAUUCUUAUACUUCAAGGUAGCAGAACUUCUUUUGAGUGAAGAGUCUUUCCAGACCAACAUCCGUGACUACUCUAAGCUUAUUGAGGUCUAUGCUAAAGAGAAUCGCCUAGAGGAUGCUGAGAGGAUUCUUGUCAAGAUGAAUGAGAAGGGCAUUGCACCGGACAUAUUGACAACCAUAUAUUUGAUUCAUAUGUAUAGCAAGGCAGGCAAUCUUGAUAGUGCGAAGAAAGCUUUUGAUUCCUUGAGGAGUCACGGCUUCCAACCAGAUGAGAAGGUAUAUAAUUCCAUGAUAAUGGCAUAUGUAAAUGCUGGACAACCCAAGUUGGGGGAGUCACUGAUGAGAGAUAUGGAAGCAAGGGACAUCAAACCCAGCCAGGACAUUUACAUGGCAUUACUUAGAUCAUUUUCCCAAUGUGGUUAUGUUAGUGGCGCUGGAAGAAUUGCUGCUACUAUGCAGUUUGCUGGCAUCUCUCCAAAUUUGGAAUCAUGUACAUUGCUCGUCGAGGCAUAUGGGCAAGCUGGCGAUCCUGAUAAGGCAAGGAACAAUUUUGACUACAUGAUAAAACUUGGGCACGCACCUGAUGACAGGUGCACUGCAAGUAUGAUUGCAGCCUAUGAAAAGAAGAAUCUGUUGGACAAGGCUUUGGAUCUUUUACUACAACUUGAAAAGGAUGGCUUUGAGCCUGGGCUUGCAACUUAUGCUGUUCUUGUAGAUUGGUUGGGUAAGUUGCAGCUGGUUGAAGAAGCCGAGCAGGUAUUAGCCAAGAUUGGCGCACAGGGUCACUAUCUCCCCAUUAAGGUUCGUAUUAGCCUAUGUGAUAUGUACUCAAGAGCUGGGAUUGAGAAAAAGGCGCUGCAAGCUCUGAAGAUCUUGGAAGCUAAAAAGCAGGAGUUGGGACAUGAUGAUUUUGAAAGGAUCAUAAAUGGACUUGUAGCAGGUGGCUUUUUGCAGGAUGCUAAAAGGAUGGAGGGUGUUAUGGAGGCCCAGGGUUUUAUUGCUUCCCAACCUCUUCAAAUGGCUCUGAGGACUUCUCAAGCUCUUCGUGGCAAAAGACUACCUUGAGAUGAUUUUUUGAUAGUUCAUAAAUUUAUCGACAAUUCAUUGCUGCUGGCGGAAAUGUGAAUAUUUUACCAUCAACUUGAAUUCUGUGCAAAGCUAGUGGCUAGAAAGAUUUUGUAGGAUGGUAUGGGAUCUCUAUGGAAAUAAUUGGCAUCUCAGCAUUGCUUUGUGAGGAAUUGUUAUUUCCCCCAACUGAUUAUAGGAAUAUGUCUUAUGUGAUUCUCUGCAAAUGCCAAAAACUUCAACUGGAUUAUUCUCCUCUUGGAUGAUCGUUGAUGCAGCUGAAGAAGGAGCUGACUUCCCUUUUUGUAAUGGUAAUUUCAGAAUCUAAAUUAAACUACAUUUAGUAUUUACCUGUCAUAAGCUGCAUUGCUUUAAGGAUGUUCGUGUCCGACGUUAUGGUUACUAGUUUGUCCUGUUGAUGGAAAAAUAAAAAUGUAUGCUUGAGAACUGUUGUUUGUAAACUGGUUUUGUAGCCAAGGGAAGACAGAAAAUAACCUCAUGAGUCAUUAUUUCUCCAACUUUUGUGUAUAUGGGAGAUCUCCCAUCUGCUAUUAUUUUCUUCAGGUAGUCUGCUUAGGAUCAUCAGAAAUCAGCAGUCACCAAGUUGAUGAUAUUCAUGGAAUAGAGCUCAAAGGAGAACCUACUUUCUUCCUUUUCCUUCCCCGAAAAACUACCCUUGGAUCUUUAGGUUUCAAAAUGCUACGUACUUACCCCACUUUAAUUUUAAGGUUUGAGUUCAUUUUCAAUUUAUCUGUAGGUUUAAUGUUACAAUUUUACCCUUAAAUUUGAGUUUUGUUUCUAUUUGAUCCUUA